CUGAAGAAGUCCUGAAAAACGGGUUCUAGAGGCGCAUAAAACCUUUCAGUAUUGGAGACAUAAACACACAUACAGAAAGUGAUGGAUGAGCACCAGGACCAGGCGCUUUUUCAGCGUGUGCCAAGCCAAGAGACCGUCGUGAACCGCGGUGGCACAGGGGGCUCUAAUGGAAAGGCGCUGAAGGUGACCGGACUGACGGUUCUGGCCUGUCUUCUGCUGGCGGGACAGGCGCUGACCGCGUACCUCGUAUGGGGUCAGAAGGAACACAUCAGCGCUCUGACCACCGGCCAGGAGAAGCUGAAGACGGAGCUCACCAGAAAGAUGUCCGGUGCUCCUCCAAAGGCCAUGCAUCUUCCCAUGAAGAGCAUGCCGCUGCUGAAGGAUUUCUCUGAUGACUCCUCUGACCAGACCUCCAAGAAGAGCAGCGUUCCUCUCACUAAACUGCAACCAAUUUUCACAAACCAGAAAGAGGGCAGUGGACAACUGGAUGCUUCCAGACUGAUGCCAAAGCAGAUGCAGCUGCCAAUGAGGAGCCUCCCACUGCUGAUGGACACGGAUGAUGACGUGAAGAGAACCCCUCAAUCACCUGUUGAGGUUCAGAGUAAGUGUCAGCUGGAGUCUCAGAAGCAGAUGAAACCCGGGUUCUACAAGCCUCAGUGUGACGAGCAGGGCAACUAUCUGCCCAUGCAGUGCUGGCACAGCACCGGAUACUGCUGGUGUGUGGAUAAAAACGGCAACGAGAUCCCGGGCACAAGCGUCCGUGGUAGAAGACCCGAUUGCAGUUAAGUGUGAAUCAGCACGUCCAGCGAUAAAGAGAAAAACUCCUGUCUCCUGUUUCAGUUCCUGAGUAUGAUUCAGUCAUCAUGGAUGAUAUUCGAUGGGAAUAAUCCAAUAACCUUCCUACUAAAGAUCUCUUCUUCUGAUCUGUGUUCGGAAUAGAUUAACAUACGCAGCAUAUUAGCACUGGGCUAAGCCUUAUUCUAAUAAUAUCUUCUUUGUGAUACCAUUUCUCUGUUUUAAUUUUAACUCACAGCAUUUUGUUAGAGGUAGCAUGGAUGAAUAUGAUUAUGACUGUAAAUAAACACAUGCUGUUUCCAAAUAA